CGAUUUUGAUUUGCUGGACGAGACGGGGAUGCCAGUAUCGAGUUGGGAUAUCCAACAAGUGCUGUGGGACAUCGAACACGGUGGGAGGGCAGUAGAACCACGCAACAGGUGGAGAGCACUCAACCUAUCAAUUAGUGCUGCUGGUAGGAAAGCGAACAGGAAGGAUGAUAAAAAUGAUCUUCUUCUGGGACGUGCGAAGCUCCUUGAUGAUGAGUUGACACCGUCACGACAAUUGGAGGCAAGAAGUUUACGGUUCUACAAUCACAAUCAAUGCACACCGGAAUUGCAGAGUGGAAUCAACACUUCUGGUUCCGGUUCUAGGAGUUCUUGUGGGCAACGAAACGCCAUCCUAGACGACGGAGGCUUCUCUUGCUUCCUACGUCGUGGCCUUAUCCCCAAUACUGGAGUACACCUCCUGCAUCGAAGAUCGGGAGUCGUGCAAGAAGAACAGCACAAGAAACAGGAGUGGUCUAUACCUAGUAUUGCUGCUGGACACGACAACAAGCGGAGCAAGCCAUCCACGACAGUCCUAUGGCUAUCCAGUCAUUUUGCUCCGUUCUACGAUGCCUUAUUCGUGCUAGAGAAGUCCUUCCCAGAUUGGACAGUGCAUAAACAUGGACUGCUGUCGUAUCACAAACGCUAUUUCCCGGAAUAUCAGACGGAUGAUAAUUAAGAUUAGAAGUAGUCAGUCACUAUCUUUAUCUUACUUCUGGAAAAUGACAAUAAUAAUAUGUGGUCUAUGAAAAUCAUGAUUGGCUGUUCCUGUUUCACCUUACGAGCCGUCAAGGCGCAAGUAAAAAUUCGUCAAGGGAUAAAACUACUACCAAGUCAUUAAGACAGUACUGUAAGUAGACAACUACCAAGUUAUUCAACCAACAUGGAUAGUGAUUGAUUGUUGCCGUUAAGGUCCAGCUUUGUACGAUAUUUUGGGACAAAUACACGAUCCAGAGACUUUGAGGACCAACGUAAAGAUGCAUGAAGACUUUGAAGGACUGGAGACUGCGUUUUUAGAAUGGGUGCAGGAGAAAUUUGGAGAUGAUUAUGAGUCUGGAAGUCUACAGUACACUACUCAUGUGUACUAGCUUGUCCUGCUGUAAUAUCUACAGGCCUCGUACUAGAUCUCCUGCCCAGUGAAAAGCCUUCACUGACGCAGCGUGGACGGUUGCUUUGAAAUUUUCCUCUUGCAUAUAUGCUACAGAUUUGGUGAUGUUUUUUCUUUUCCAAGAUCUGAAGUUCCAACUUCUAACCGUUCCUCGACAUUGCUCUAUGUGACCAUCCUGUGAUUUGGUGUCGGUUCUUUACGCAGCUAAUCCUCGAUGAGACCAAGAGUUUGAGACACGUAGUAGGUGGUUACGAUCAGCCUCAUCUCUAUGCGGUGCCAGAAAGUCGACACGAGUGGUGGACACAAGAGCUUCGCAUGCUUGCAGCAAGGGGCGACCAUACUUUUGUGGGGUAUACGGCUUUCGGGUCCGUGCAAUUCCAGUACUCUCUGGGGAAACUGAUUCCAUACCAAAAGGCGAUGGCAUUGCGGUUAGGAGCGAACUUUACAACGAGUACGGAAGAUCAAGAUCCUAGAGCAGGGCCAGGGGUGAGCGGUGGCGCAUCUUCUUAUCGGGGACCAGGUGCUUGGAAUCCGUAUAUUGAAGGACAAUUUGUAAGGAGCGACAAUCUCCGCAUACUAGAAAUGGGUAGCAGAAGUGGUUUCAGCAAUGGACUGUCAAUUUUGCUUCGAAGGGUCUUGAGCGCUAGUGGGAAAAUAGAUGUCUCGGCUUUCAUUGGAGUGGUUUUGACGGAUCCAGAAACUGGUGAAGAGGUUGCCGAUAAAGGGAUAGAGUGGUUGCGGAAAGAAGAGAGGAGACUUGAUUAUGUCACGUCAAGGAAGUCGUGAAGAAGAAUCGAGGAAAUAAAAUCCUCAAAAAUGACCUCUUGCCAGGCACAUCAAUCAAUCAGUCAAUCAAUCAAAUGCUUUAAUGAGUACUCGAUCAGACACCAACAUGCCGAACAAUACUUACAUUUUGGGCAUCAUGAUAAUCAUCAUGAUCAUCAUGUUCAUGAUCAUCAUCAUCAUGAUCAUCGUCAUCAUGAUAAUCAUCAUCAUCAUCAUCAUCAUCGUCAUCAUCAUCGUCAUCAUCAUCGUCAUCAUCAUCGUCGUCAUGUUGUACUACAACUUAUGUUCUUGUAUGCAGCAUCAGCAAAGUGAGAACCUAGUUCAUCUCGCACUCGUACUGAUUCGCUCUCUCUAAUCCAAACAAGCCUCUCCGUCACCACCGACUCGCGCAGAGAAGCUUUCCCUCCAAGCCCAGUACUUCGACUUGGUUAUCCUGUGGCCCUACGACAUUUUUAACCUCAAACUAGCCGAAUACUACGCGUUGCGCAUGCCGAUUUUCGUCCAUGCAGAAUUGUGGCGGUACACAAGACGCGGCUCACACCCUCUCUUGCGUGAUGACACUCAACCGGAAAGGCUGGAGAGAUGGAAUAGGAUAAGAAAUUUCGGAAAGACUGGAAAUAGAAGUUGUGGUGGUGGAGCGGGGGAAACCUUGCCUGGCAGUGUUUUGUUUGAGGUAGGUCAAGACGCUGACGGACAGGUCGACGCUCACGCCUGUAGCCCUAAGGGAACCUCGUCUUCUAGAAGCACUAUGGACGACAUUCUCGACUUCGAACUCCAUUACGCACGCUCCGAGGACGAACCCGAAUAUCUUUUUUCGCCCCUAGAAACGAAGGGCCGCUUUCAAUUAGAUCAUUGGGCAGGAUUCUACUACGGGAGACUGUCAGAGUUCGCUCUGCGACCACACAUCCAGUAUUUCAGAUCGGUUUCGCACCUCUUGGAGAUCACGUUGGAUCUGCAGGAGGAAAAAGAACUUCUAGAUGUGGACGUAGAUUCCUCUGCUCGUAGAAAUACAAGGUCUCCAACCCUCGUAGAACUCUCGAAGCGUAUGGAUGUUUGGUACAGGGAGACCAGUAGGGACAGCGUCAAAUUUUGGGAACGUCUAUUUCAGACGAUUUGAAAGCAUGGAGAUUAAUUUGGGAACGUCUAUUUGACACGGUUGAUGAUGGCUUUCGCUUGGAUUAUGCGAUUUAGAAGAUACAGGGGACCACUAAAAAAAUGGUCCAGAAGGUGAAUAGAUACUUCCUACUUGUUACGAAACUUACGAAUACGGCCAUACCUUAGGCAUGAUCGAAUAAGUACCAAUUCACAGACUUAUAAUAUAUAUACUCAUCGCGGCCGCGAUCGCAGACUUGACUACAGACGCACGAAAUGGUAAAGUUGUAUUCAUCAAAUUCAAAGAUUGUGUUCCACUCUAUCAUGAAUGGCUUUGGCCGUUCGAGUCUGAG